AUGUUUUAUUCGGGGAUCCUGACAGAGCCGAGUAGGAAAGAAGUGGAGAUCAGGGAAGCGGCGUCUCUCCGCCAGCAGAGGAGGAUGAAGCAGGCGGUUCAGUUUAUUCACAAGGAUUCUGCAGAUCUCCUCCCUCUGGACGGGCUGAAGAAGCUGGGCACUUCGAAAGAUACUCAACCACAUAACAUCCUGCAGAAGCGCCUGAUGGAGACAAAUUUAUCCAAGUUCCGAGGCAGCCGAGGCAGCUGGACUCCGAAGGGCGAUCUCUCAUCACAGACCAACAAGCUGAACCAAACCAAACUGGGCAGCUUGGGCAAAACAGAGGAUGAAGAGCUCAUAGCGGUGAGCUGCCAGUGUGCGGGGAAGGAGCUGAAGGCCGUGGUGGACACCGGCUCACAGCACAACCUCAUGUCGUCCGCCUGCCUGGACAGGCUGGGGUUAAAGGAGCAUCUCAAAGCACUCCCUGUCGAAGAUGAGAUGGUUUCGCUGCCAAACAAGGUGAAAGCCAUUGGCCAGAUCGAGUGUCUGUCCCUCACGGUGGGAGCGGUUCCUGUGGAGUGUGCUGCCCUCGUCGUGGAAGACAACGAGCAACCCUUUUCCUUUGGGCUGCAGACACUGAAGUCUCUAAAGUGUGUCAUAAACAUGGAGAAGCACCACCUCAUUCUGGGGCAGAUGGACAGGGAAGAAAUCCCGUUUGUGAGCAUUGACAGUGCUGAGGCAGGAGAGCACAGUUUGGAGGCAUAAAGAGGAGUUGAAACGCCAUCCCCACACAAGAGCUUGAUAUCA